AUGUCCGACGACAAGAAGAUGCGCCUCGCCAUUGUCGGCGGCGGGAUCGUAGGCCUCGCCUUCGCCAUCUCGCUCGCCAAGAGCGGCGCACAGAACAUCGAGGUGGACAUCUACGAGAGCGCGCCUUCCUUCGGCCAGGUCGGCGCCGGCAUGGGAUUCUGGCCGCGCAUCUGGGAGAGCAUGCGCCUCCUCGGGCUCGAGGAGGACCUCAAGCCGCUCGCAUGCUCUGAGAAGCCUUUCCGUUUCACCAAAGGUAACCAACCUCAAUACGUCCCCUUUGGUCAGAGCCACUCGGCCCUGCAAUCUUUCCACCGCACCGGCGUCCUCGCCGUCCUCCUGCGCCACAUCCCAGCACACUACCGCACGCACUUCGGCAAGCGGCUUGUGUCGUACACCGACUCUCCCGAUGGGCCAGUCGUCUUGGAGUUCAAGGAUGGCACGACCGCCACCCACGACUUCCUCGUCGGCUCAGAUGGGAUCAAGAGCGCCGUCCGCCGCACAAUGUAUGAGAACUUCGCUGCCGGUGCAGAGGACCCGAAGGAGAAGGAGCGCCUGCUCGCGUUCGUGAAGCCCACCUGGACGGGGCAAUAUGUGCAUCGCGGUGUUAUCAGCACUGAAGACUUGAGGAAGGCAGCGCCUGACCACCCGGCACUUGAUGGUCCCAUUUAUUUCUUGGGCAAGAACAAAUACUUUAUUUGCUACCCCGUCUCUAGUGGCACGCUUAUCAACUGCGGUGGACUUAUUUCCCACCCGGACAAGAACGGAACACUGCACGAUGAGCCCUGGGUCGAGACUGUCAGCCAGGACGAGCUCCGUGCGGAGUACCCCGGCUGGUCGCCUCACGUGCACACUGUCAUCGAUCUCAUCGAAGCACCCUCAAGGUGGGCUGUCAACUCUGUCGUCGACCUGCCCACGUACGUCUCAGGCAGAGUCGCUGUCAUCGGAGAUGCGGCCCACGCAAUGACCCCUCAUCAGGCGUCCGGUGCGGCGCAGGGCAUCGAGGACGGCCUCGUCCUCUCUGCACUCCUUGCGGACCCUCUCGCCAGCCCCGCGACGCUCCCUCACAUCCUGCGCGCGUACGACCGCGUGCGCCGCCCGUUUUCGGAGGACGUUCUCCGCCGCUCGUACGAGACCGGCGCAGCAUACUGCUUCCAGCGUGGUACAUUGGCAGACGUCUCUGUCGCGGACAGCGUCAGUGGGAAGAUCACACCAGAAGACUUGAAGGCGCUGAAUGACCACGUCAACGAGCUGCUGGAGUGGACGUGGAAGACGAGCUCUGGUAGCGACAGGAGCGAGGCGCUGGAGAUGUUCCAUGGGUUUGCUGGGGCUUAG